GCUGCUGCUCGCCCCGGCCGCCAACUCCUCCUCCCUUGACUCCGCGCAGCGGCCGAGGAAGCCGGCCACCUUCGUCGGAGGGGAGCGCGCCGGCUGCCUGGCCAGAACAAAUGCAAACACCACAGCUUUCUUAAAAUUGCUGUACCCUGAGUUUUACUCACCCUGAUGGUAACAAAAGAACUGUAAGGAGUCUGUCACAGCUAAGGGAAAGAGAUGUCCAUCCGGAUUGCAUGGUGCUCAGCUUGCCUCUUUGCCAUGGCCUUUUAUACCUUGCCAAAGCCAUCCCAAAAUCAAGUGUGUUCCACGGAGAAGAUGGAGAACAUCACUAUUGACAUCAAAGCAGCCUUUUCCAAAGGCAUCCGGGGGGAAGAUCCAAUCCAUGCUUCAUCUUGGGAAGCCUGUGUUGAUGUCUGCUGCUUGGGUGCAGACAGCAAGAAGUGCAACUAUGUGGUCUUUAAUACCAGGAGCAAAGGAAAUUACACAAAUUGCUACCUGUUCUAUUAUCCUACUAAUGAAACCUUCCUGGUGAGACAAGUGUCAGGACUGGUGACCUACCGAAUGAUAAAAGAUGCAAAGGUUCCCAUGCCAACUCCUCCUUCAGUUCAGCUCUCCCACCCAACUGUGAAUGGGAAGUCUGUGUCUGCACUGGCUGCUAUGUUCAAUCCUCACAGCCCAACAAGCCCUCUGCAUGGGUCAGGUCCUUUGCAAAAGCCAAUUCCCCCAAAGAGUGUGGAAGUAUUGAACCACUUAGAUGAUAAACACAUAGAUGAGAUGGGUGGACACUCCCAGCAUCCACAAAGCAGAAGGGCAAAUGGUUCAAAGAGCUUGGGUUCUUCAACAGUGCCUGAACUCAAGAGUUUGUUGUCCCCAAGUACUCCAAAUGCUAUUGAGCCUGGUAUUCCCACUGCGCAGCCCACAGUUAAGUCACCUACUAUUACCACUGGCACCCAGCCUGGUACUAUAAUUCCUCACGUGUCUCCUAGAAAGGCAACAACCACUAGGUCUACUACAGCUUAUCAUAAGAAUGCACCUUGGGCCACUACAAAUCUAAGAAGAAGUACCACUGUUCCCAACCCAUCUACCACUGCUGGAUCUAGUGCUGGUAGCCUCAGCCCACUGCUUAUGAAGAUUUCUUCUGCUUCUUUACAUGAUGUCCAUCUUGGCAAUGGGCAACAAGGCUUGAAAGGUGAUAUGCUUAAUGGAGAGCCCAGCAAGGAACAUUCCCUUCACUUUGGUGACAAAAGCAUACUUACAGCUGCCUUGCUUUUGGGGGUGGUCUUCUUUCUCUUCGUUACAGUGCUGGUAGGUAGAAAGAUGCUUGAAUCUCUUCAGAGAAGGCGUUACACUAAGCUAGACUACUUGAUCAAUGGCAUGUAUGCGAACAUGUGACAGAGGAAAAACAUGAAGAAGUACAUUAGUGGUAAAUUUGGAAGCUUUAUAGAUGGAUUGGAUUUGUCACAGCAGAGAACAUGUUAUCUUUCCUACAAGGUCAAGUUUAAAUGUUUUAGUUCCCUCACGAAUGGAGUUCUCAUGUGGUAUCUUUGCUUGUUUGCAGUGUGUAUCAUAUGUUGGUUGCAUAUCGAAUCCCCUGCUUUCUGCAACAAGAAGUCUGUGAUAGUUUGGCAUUCUAUCCCACUUGCAUAAUAAGGGCAACAUUUACAUUUAGCCAGAGCAGUUUGUGCAGCAGCCAGACUGGCAACCUCUUUCUCUGAAUGGUUGUUGAGAAUAUGGCAUGCAGGAAGGGGGUAAUCAGUCUGCCCCAAAAGAGUGGUGAUGUUAGACCUUACAGAAACAGAAGGCAGAACUUAGUUUAAAUACUGUCUGUGUCUGACUGUAUUUCCACACACAGUAAAAAAUCAACACAAACAUCUGUGUGAUUGGAGACAAGAUGCCACACAGCACACAAAAGAGGCUUUCAGAGCAAACCAUUUUCCAUUUCGCUUCUCACACAAAGUAUAACACUAAGUAUAACACUUAGACCAGGCUUCAGUCAAAAUGGGGCAGAGCAAAAUGUUAAAAGAAACACGGGGCCUCUGCUAAGAAUGGGGACUCCCUGCCAUGUUCCUUGUGAUCUCAUUGCAUUGUGCGGUAGGGCCAGUGCAACACGCAGUACAGUGAUGUCAAUUAUGGAGAACUUGAAACGAGUAUCCCAUUUUAGCAGCAGCUCCACAUUAAUAGCAUAUAGCUCUGCCAUGAGGGGUUUCUUAUGGGAAAUAUUGCGUCAUCAUUUGCUAUAACAAUUAAUUUUGAAAAAAUGAACCCAAGCACAAUUUAGAUAACAUUUCCCCCUUUAAAAACAUUGUUUAGUCACUUGAAGACUAUAGCCUACAGCUGCUUCAAUGUAUUUUGUAAUUAGAUUAAAACAAAUCAUAUUUGGAUUUUCUAAACGGUU